AUGGCUGGCGUUCAACCAAUUUUGUCUCAAGGCUAUGGGUAUGGGUUUGCCCUUGGGCUAGGCGCCUUGUUUGCGUUGCUUAUGGCUAUAAUCACAAAAGUCCUCUCUAGAUUUAUGGGUCAAACUCAAAAUUCGGAGAGAUUCUCUACUGCAUCGAGAAACGUGAACUCCGGUUUGAUUGCAUCGUCCACUGUUUCUGCAUGGACUUGGCCGGCAACCUUACUCACAUCUGGUGCCUGGAGUUAUUCGCAUGGUAUAUCUGGUGGGUUUCUCUACGGUAUUGGAGGUACGGUUCAGAUAACCUUAUUUCUGUUUUUGGCCCUGCAGAUUAAACUCAAAGCACCAACUGCACAUACUGUCUCUGAAUGCUUUUAUAUUAGGUUUGGCAAAAGUGGCCAUUGGUUGUUUUUGUGCUAUUGCAUCUGCACCAAUGUUCUCAUUUCUUCAUUAUUGCUAUUAGGCGGAGCACAGGGCUUUGCUGCCACUACGGGAAUGCACGUAGUUGCAGCUUCCUUUUUGUUGCCAUUGGGUGUGAUGGCAUAUACUGCAUUGGGAGGAUUGAAGGCAACUUUCAUCAGUGACUGGAUUCACACGGUGAUCAUCUACAUCAUUUUGAUCAUUACCAUGUACACGUGCUAUUGUACGUCGUCCUAUAUUGGUUCACCGUCAAGAAUGUACGAGCUGUUGAAGGAGGCAGAGGUUGCUUUCCCCAGUGCUUCAGGGCAUAGUUAUCUAUCCUUUCAUGAUUCAGAAAUGUUUUAUUUAACCUGGUCUGUUAUGUUAGGAGGAUUAAGUUCUGUCUUUGGAGACCCUGGUUAUUCUCAGCGUGCAAUUGCUUCCGAUGCAAAAAGUGUUUUCCAGGGCUACAUCAUGGGUGGACUUUGUUGGUGGAUUAUUCCAAUGGGGUUGGGAUCAUCAGCGGGUCUAGCUUGUCGUGCCUUGUUGACCAAUCCGAAUUUUGUUACUUACCCUAAUGAACUAUCGUCGGAAGAAGUUGGUAGCGGAAUGCCUGUCAUCUAUGGUAUGUAUAUGAUUUUAGGGAAAGGAGGAGCAGCAGCAGGUUUAUUGAUGUUGUUCAUGUCCGUUACCUCUGCUACAUCUGCGGAGCUCAUUGCUUUUUCAUCGGUUACGACAUAUGAUAUUUACAGAAGCUACAUUAAUCCAAAGGCGACGGGUAACCAACUAGUCAGAGUUUCUCAUAUUGCCGUUUGUGGAUUCAGUUUGUUUAUGGCCGUGCUUGCUGUUGUGUUCAAUUACAUUGGAGUUACUGUUGGUUGGUUGUUAAGUUUUAUUGGAAUCAUAUUAUCCCCAGAAGUAGGAGCAAUUGUACUAAUGUUAUUUUGGUCCAGAUUAACAAAGUUGUCUUUACUCAUAGGUGCGCCAUUGGGUACUUUAACAGGUAUUGCCUGUUGGGUCGGUUCAACUUAUAAUUUGGGUGGUGUAGUUAAUAAAGAUACAUUAAUGAUUUCAGAGGCGACAUUUGUUGGCAAUAUCACUGCAUUAGUUAGUGGACCGAUUUAUAUGGCAAUUAUAAGUUAUUUACACCCAGAACGAGAGCCAUUUGAUUUGAAGUUACUUGGUGAAAGCAUCAAAUUGGCAGAUGAUGUAGAUCAAGAGGAAUUGAAAGCAGUCCGAGUUGGCAUAGAAGAUCAAAAGGUUUUAAAAAGACAGUCUUUUUAUUCCUUUCUGGCUAAUGCAUUUUGCUUGCUGGGUGUGUAUGUCAUUAUUGAUUGCGCAUUGUAUGGCUGGGGAAAAGAUUUUAGCAAGAGUUCAUUUGUGGCAUUUAUUGUUAUAUGUAUGAUUUGGGUUAUUGUUGCCGCAGUAUACAUCAUUAUACUUCCAUUGUAUCAAGGUAGACAUUCUCUCAAGUUCUUACUUGAGCAUCUCAUCAAAUGCAAAUUCCCUGAUAGACCAAUGGUGCAUAGUACAGAAUCCUUGUCAAUAUCGAAUGACAAUGUGAGCGAGGAAUUUGUUGAAGUGGUUGAUGUUGAAAAUGUGUUGAAGAAAUGA